AAAUAAAUUUCAGGUUUGAAAAAUCAAUUUUAUUUUUUUUCAAGUGAAAAAUGUUUUCUACUCACAUACUUAUAACUUGUAAUUCAAAUAAAAUUUGUGAAAUUAUAUUUAAGACCUUUGAUGUGCAGUCCACAACCUAUCUUAAAUACGAAAUGCUUUGUGUAUCGAACUGUCAAAUAAAUUUUAAGGUAUAAAUAAUUUUUCAUUGGCGGGUGGGUGGGGUUGGAAUCGAAACUUCCCAAUAUUGUUAAAGCAAUAUGGAAAAAUGGUUGCUCGUAAGGUGUUUGUUUAAAUGUCUGAAUGAAUUCUUUACCUUUGUAGAAGAUAUUUCAUUGUAUUCAAAAUGGUUGUAUGUAAGGUGUUUGUUUAAGUGUCUAAGUGAAUUCUUUAAGCUUUGUGAAUGAUAUUUUCACUGUCAUGUUGAUUCAAGAUGUGUGGCAUUGCACUUUCUAAUUGAAAAUGUCUAUCAUUGAGAUGUUUCUGGUUAACUGAAACUUCAAGUGGUAAUGAUCGCCCCGGGGUGACGCGGAACAUAAACAUGAUAGAUUUUUGAUCAUCUCACAGACUCACACACUCUCUCUAUGUUUAAGGAUUGGAUAGUACAUAUGUUUAAUACACAAUAUGAUACAUGAUCAACUCAAUAAAUUAAAUAUUUUUACUGACUUUAUAACAUUUUGUAGUGAAUCAGAUAUUAGUUUCAUAAAUUGAUUGCACAUGUUAAUAGAUGGUAUGGUAGUAUCAACAGUAUUCUGUAAUAUUUGUAGUUUUUUUUGUUCUGCUGAUUCAUGUGAUGAUAAAACUUAAUUCAUUUCAUUGAUAAAUAGCCUGUCAUUUGUUGAUUCAGAGGACUAUUUAAUAAUUUGUAUCUUUAAACGAAUUCUACUUUUGUAGGUUUAAUGCAUCAGAUUUUUCGAAGAGAUUGAAAGGAAAGAGGCUGAUGCUGGUUGGAAGUACAGUGAACCGAAACCAGUUUGAAUCUCUCCUGUUACAUAAUAUAACCCAAAUCACCCUUGGGGAGAAAAAUUGGAACAGUCGUAUAUCUGAACCUGGAUUCUCAUUUAACAACACUUCUCCAGAGUUUCAAAUGAGAUUACAAAUAUUUGGACAACUUCUUUGAGUUCCACAAGAGAGUUAUAGCUAUCUGAUAAGAAGAUGCAGCAAGGUACAACUUUUGUAAUGAAUGAGAGGCAAAGGUUGGCCGAACUACUGAGAAAUUGUUCGAAGAUUUUGUCUUUAGAUGUGGGAAAGCAAGUUCAUGGAGCUGUAUUAAGGAUGGGUUAUGCAUUUGAUUUGAUGAUAGGCAAUGAUCUCAUUGAUAUGUACGGGAAGUGCAGUAGAGUGGAACUGGCUCGCUCAGUAUUUCAUAAAAUGCCUGAAAGAAAUGUGGUUUCUUGGACGGCUUUAAUGUGUGGAUAUUUACAUCACUCUAAUGCUCAAGAAUCCUUGUUGCUUCUCUCUCGGAUGCUCUUUGCAAAUGUAAGACCCAAUGAAUACACUUUUUCUACUAACUUAAAGGCAUGUGGUAUUCUUGGUGUUCUGGAAAAUGGACAACAGAUUCAUGGGUUGUGUGCUAAAAGUGGGUUCGAAAAGCAUCCAGUUGCGGGCAAUUCAAUUAUUGAUAUGUACUCGAGAUGUGGGAAACUUGGUGAGGCUGAAAAGAAGUUCCAUGAAAUGCCAGAAAAGAGUCUCAUAACGUGGAAUGUAAUGAUAGCAGGGUACGCAAUGGGAGGAUUUGGUGAUAAAUCUUUGUGUCUGUUCAAAAAAAUGCAACAACAAGGAGAAAUGCCAGACGAGUUUACGUUUGCAAGCACAUUGAAGGCUUGCAGUGGUUUUAAGGCGGUCCGUGAAGGAAGCCAAAUUCAUGGUUUUCUUAUUACUAAGGGAUUCCUUAUUUCCAGCCAAAAAGUUAUUGCAGGCGCCCUAAUUGAUUUGUAUGUCAAGUCAGGAAACUUGUUUGAAGCUCAUAAGGUGUUUAGUCAAGUUGAACAGAAAAGUGUGAUAUCAUGGACGACACUGACCGUAGGGUAUGCUCAAGAAGGCAAAUUAACAGAGGCAAUGAACUUGUUCAAGCAGCUCAGGGAAAGUAGCAUCACAUUGGAUGGAUUUGUGCUGUCAAGCAUGAUGGGUAUCUUUGCUGAUUUUACUCUAAUUGAGCUUGGGAAACAAUUACAUUGUUGUGCAGUAAAAAUACCUUCUGGGUUAGACAUAUCUGUAUUGAAUUCAAUCAUGGAUAUGUAUCUAAAAUGUGGGUUAAUAGAGGAAGCCGAAACACUUUUUGAUGUAAUGCCAGAAAAAAAUGUGAUUUCAUGGACCGUUAUGAUCACCGGAUAUGGGAAGUAUGGUCUCGGUGGAGAAGCAGUUGAACUAUUCAAGAAAAUGCACAUGGAUAGGAUUGAGCCUGAUGAGGUUUCCUACUUAGCUCUGCUCACAGCUUGUAGUCAUUCGGGGUUAGUUCAAGAAAGUGAAGAAUUCUUUUCAAAACUAUGCAAUUCAAAUUGUUUAAAACCCUCAGUCGAGCAUUAUGCUUGCAUGGUUGAUAUCUUAGGUCGAGCUGGACGCCUAAGAGAAGCUAAGGUUGUGAUAGAGAACAUGCCGGUAAAACCAAAUGUUGGUAUUUGGCAGACACUGCUUGGUGCAUGUAGAGUACACAAGAAUGUAGAAAUAGGAAGAGAAGUUGGAGAGAUUCUCUUAAAAUUAGAUGGCAAUAAUCCGGUGAAUUAUGUUAUGAUGUCAAACAUCUUUGCUGAUGCCCGCCUAUGGGAAGAAUGUGAGGGAUUAAGAGGACUGGUGAAAACGAAAGGUUUAAGAAAAGAAGCAGGACAAAGUUGGGUGGAGAUCGACAAGAAGAUGCACUUUUUCUACAACAGAGAUGAGACACACCCACUUACUAAAGCUAUCCAUGAAUUUUUAUAUAAGAUGGAGAAGAAAAUGAAAUAUGAACUCGGUUACACACGGGAAGUAAGCUUUUCAUUACACGAUGUUGAAGAUGAAACACGGGAUGAGAGCCUGAGAUUUCACAGCGAGAAAUUGGCAAUUGGUUUGGCACUUCUUUCUGGUAGCGAUGAAAUUGAGGGGAAGCCAAUUCGUGUUUUCAAGAAUUUGAGAGUUUGUGGAGAUUGUCAUGAGUACAUCAAGGGUUUGUCAAAGAUUUUGAAGAAAAUAUUUCUUGUUAGAGAUGCCAAUAGGUUCCAUAAGUUUGAGAACGGAACAUGUUCCUGCAGAGACUAUUGGUGAUGGUAUAUUUUAAGUGACACAACUAAGGAAAGAAAGAAUUUGUGAAGGGCUUUCCGAAGCUGUCUAAGAAGGAAAUGCUGCCAGAGCUCGAAGAGGAAACGAGCAACAUUGCUCAUUCAGCCUUCCCCACAUUCCAUAUUCAUUCUAAUAAGGAAAAAUGGUAUUCUACAACUCUGUCAAACGAGGUUUAAGUUUACUUGUAUUUACACAGAGGCAGAGAUCGGGAUUCAGGUGGAAGUUGUAGUAAAGAGAGUAAACCUGUUUUGAGAGGAGCUAUCCUUUGAAAAUGAAGAUUGUGGAGGAGGUGUUACGGAAAGGCAGCUGCCAGUAGUCCUUUUAAAUAUAACACAGUCAAUAAAUUUCCGAAAGGAUGACCACCCAUCAGUGUAUGAGAAGAUCGGUAGAAGGGCAAAGCAAGAUUGUGGCCAUUGGUGUCUACCCGGAGUCCCCGAUGAAUGGAAUGAGCUAAUCUGUGCCACCUUUUGUUUGUUUGUUUUUUAACUUCUCCCUAGGAGCUUCUAUCUGUUAUUCUUCUGGUGACUCGAACUCACAACCUUAUGAUUUGAAGUGAGCUGUGACACAAAACUCAGUGUUCAAUACAACAACUAAUACAUAAGCUCUAAUUUCAACGAGAUAUUUGACAUUGAUAUGGCCUUACAGUUCAUUGUUCUACAUAAGCUUUGAGAGCUAUCAGUGUAAUAAAAUAUUGAUUCAAUGAUUA